GGCGGUGUGGACCACCAUGCCUGUACAGUAACAUGGCGGUCUGAGGUAAGCAGAAUGUGAGUUUCAGUAACCUGAAGCACUGGAAACAGCCCGGGAGAUGUUUACUGUUUGCCAUCCGUGAAAGAAUAACGGCUGGAUUUAUGUGUCGGAUAUGUCUUAACGGUCCCGGCGAUCUUCUACGGUGUCGUUCCCGGUAGCAGAGUUUGGGAUUCGAUACCAAGUGACCAGGAUCUAGCUUCCCGGGUUUGGUACAAGGCUUUUCAGCCUUCGCCACCGGGGAGGAAGCCUUGGUUCCGCGCUGGCAGUGAAGACGGAGUGAGGAGACACCUGCUCCACACAUGAGGAGACACCUGACAAGACCACAGCACAAGAGACCCAGAGCCUAUGGAUCCCAUUGACUCUGGACAAGAGGAAGAGAAGCGGUCAGAGCAGCAGUGGGAUUUAACACCCAGCUCGAAAGGACGACAGCGGAAGAAAAAUUCCAAAUAUUCUGAUUAUGAAACUGAUGGGGCAUUUUUUGUGCAAAAAAAACCUAGAAGGACUUCAAGGGGAAGCGGAGAAGCUUUUAAAACAACUCCGAUAAAGACUGAAAAAGUUGAAAAUGCUACACAGCAGAAUACAGAUGGAGAAGAAGAAGCAACUCCUCAAGAGUCUGAUGGAAAAACCUCAGAGGAAGCUCCUAAAAAGUCAGUGAGAGCCAGGAAGACCCCGUCAAAAAAGACUCCUGCAAAAAGAACUCCUGGCAAAAAAACUCCCGCCCCAAAAACUCCCACCGCUGAUGGGGGCCUCCCAGCUGGAAAGGGUGGAGUUGUAGAUGCUCCACAGCAGGAAAAUGGGAAACCAAAGCCAAAGAGACAGUAUGUAAAGAAGCAGCAUCGGCAGACAGCAACACCAGUUACAGAGCCACCAUGUGAGGAGGCUCCAGGGGAACAUCCAGCUGAACCUGAGGAGGAGAUCGAACCAGGUGGCCGCCGCAGGAGAGGUGCUGCUAAAGCGGCAUUGAAGUACCUCCGCAAUUUGGCAAAAGAGGUGCUUUGUCAUCCUGGUGAUGAGUCAGACUCCGUCUCAGCCAACAGUAAAGUCCACACAGACCCAGUCACAGAGCAGGAAACUCCCAAAGGAAGCAAAGGACGUAGAGGCCGAAAGAGGAAACAUCCUGAUUUCGACAGUAACGCUGAAGAUGAUGAGGACUUUGUGCCGGCUGCUGAAGAAGACGAGGUCGAGGAGAUGGAGGACGAUGAAGAAGAAGAAGAUGAAGCAGAGGAGUCAGAUUUGGACUUAGACUUCAGCAGAGGUGGACGGCAGAGAAGUCCAGCAUAUUAUCACUUCAACAGGAGCAAUGGAGGCUCCAAUGCCAGAACCCCCAACGGACUCACCAUGAACGUCAUGAAAACUGUUUACGACUCCUUCGAGACGACCAAGAAAUUCCGGGAGGAGCGUUACAGCAGCUGGGUGUUCCCAGAGUGGGUCCCCUCCACCAGUGACUGGCACCUUGUACCACAGAGUGACUUGGAGAAGUACCUGCCUCAGGAGCUUCAGUCAGCUGCGUUCAGAGUGUCCAGAGAAGGCCUCAGUAAGGAGGACACACCUUUUCAAAGACUCGACAGGUUUGCAGCUGUGCCUCCUCACCCAGAACGCUGGGACAUGUUGCUGUACGCCGGGGGACCGGUCUGGGCUAUGGAGUGGUGUCCGACACCCGACGGAGCUCCGGCCACCCAGUACAUUGCUCUGGCCUGUCAUCGAGGGAUGGACGACCAGCACUACGUCAACAAGACGUACACAGGAUCUGGACUCGUUCAGCUGUGGGACGUGGGCCAGCUGGAGUACAACAGCAGACCAGAGUCUCCACCGGCCCUGGCCUAUGGCUUGGCUCAGGACAAAGGCUUCAUCUGGCAUCUGAAGUGGUGUCCUGCAGGAGGCUGGGAGCUCCCCAGCUGUGGCAGAAAGGCUCCUUUCCUGCCCAGGCUGGGUCUUCUGGCAGUUGCCAGCUCCACCAGCGUGGUCACCAUUUACAGCCUGCCCCACCCUGAUGCUCUGCGCUCCAGCAAGAAGCUCCCUGACUCUGGAAAUGCCAGCCAGCAGCUGCCAAUAUACCAGGCAAAAGAAGUAUUAACUCUGAAGCUGGGCUCCUUAAAAGCCCCUCGCCAAGAGAGAAGUGGACAAGUCCUGUCUAUGGACUGGCUGCCUGAAAAACCACACAACAUAAUGGCUAUUGGAUUCUAUGAUGGUGUAGUAGGCCUCUGGGAUCUGUCCACAAAGUCCACGUUGCUGCGAGUGCGAGAGUCAGGCGGAUCACUGACUCUGCUGCCCUAUCGAUGCAUACUUGCUCACGACCACGCUGUCCGGGCCCUGGCCUUCUGUCCUGCCUCCAGGCACCUGUUGGUGACGGCAGGAGAGGACCGCUACGUGAAGACCUGGGAUCUGAGGAGGCUCCACGGUCCAGUCACUGUUCAGAAACGCUAUCUGACCAAUGAAAUCUACUGGCCACUGAAUGCACCUGGCCUCAUGUUUGCCCAGGAGAACGCCUAUGUAGCGAAAGGUUCACAAGGAGUCCAUUACUUUGACCAUUACAUGCAGUCCUACUUUGCAGUCCCCAGGACGGCCACUCUGUGGUCCAUAUCUUACACUGAUUGGUUAAACAGCCUGGUGACAUCAGACAGCCUCGGUGAGGUGAUCCUCGCCGUGUUACCUUCGAUAGCCAUCACUCCUCCAUACCUCAAACGCUCAGUAGAGAGACGAUUUCCCAUCUACUUAACAUCUCUGGUGCCUUAUGAUAAAACUGAAGAAGAAAGUCAAGAGAUGGGAGGAGCGGAGGAGGAGAGGGGGGAUGCUGCUGAAGAGCAGGAGGGAGGAGGAGAGCGAGAAGAACGGGAUGCAGGAUCUGAAGGAGCGGAUGAGAACGAUAAUGAAAACGGAAGAGAAGGAGGAAAAGGUAGAAACGACAAAAACCUCCCUCUGCGCUUCCAGACGUACAAAGAGGCUGUGAAGAAAUACAGCCUCCUCCACGCAGACUACAAUAUGCUAACCUUUGCAGGAAGCGAAAAGCGCGCUGGGUGGAAACGCAUGAAAAACACAGAGCUGUCGGCAAAGAUGAACCUGGACGAGAUGCCACUGGCUGCACUACACAAGGUGCGUUUCAACAUGAACAUGAACUGCCACACCUGGGUGGUGUCCGCAGGCCAGACUGGGCUGGUCAGACUGAACUGUCUGAGGAGUAUGAUCAGCACUCAAGUCAAGAAGAUGAUAAGUGAGAACCAGGCCCAGUUCAACGAACUGUACUCACCAAAAAACCAGACGGACGCCGUCCAGACCGAGACAGAGCAGCUAUAGCGAGAGUCAAACGUCAGAAUGAGAAGGUGGAUCACACUGUCACACAAGUGUCGUCACUGCAAAAAACACAAAGCUGCAAAAAAGUAUUUAAAGAGUUUCAUUAGCGCAUACAGUUUACAUUUGCUUUUGGGUUUAAUCAUGUUUCAAGUGGCCGGCAGCCAAACAUCGUUUAAAAUAAACUGACCUUAUUAACUUGAAAUUUCAGUUGGAAAAAGUAAGUGAUUGCCCCCCCCCUUUAUUUCCACCUGGUGUGUUUCCAGUAGAUGCAGCUGCUGUGGCUCUGAGCAUCGUGCUAACUCCACAUCUACAGGAAAUAAUCUGGGUUGAAUGAAAACAAAUUUGCCUGCACACCGACUCCAAAUCAUUCAAAAAGACAGCACUUCGUCAAGUGUAACGGUGGCAGUAAACGCACCACACAACCACAGAGCUCAGUGUGUACAGACACACACUGCUGACGCUGUAUCGCAGCUGUAACACACACUGCGACUCUCAUAAACAAAGACUCCACUCAGUCAGUCUCCCUCGUGUCUUGUCGGCUACAUCACAUCACCAUUUUUUAAAUAUGAUGGCAGAGAGGUUAUAUUUACCCUUUAAAAAAAACAGAAAAUAUUUCUUUUUGUUGACCUCUAGUGGUUGAAGGUGUCUGUACCACAGUUCUCACCACACCUCGACAUCACUGUUACCAGAAUGGUGUUUGUAAUUCUUUAAAGUGAACACGUUCAGGCGCAUGCUUCCUUUUAUUUCACUCCCAACAUUCAGAACAAACUAAAUAUGAGAGGCUGGGUGAACCUCCAACCUCUCUGUUCUGUUUCUAAUCAUUAACACAUUCCACUGCGAUGCAUUUGAAUUUCAGUUUUAAGAUUGUACAGCUACAAGAACGUUUGUUAACUCGUCCGUUUGGUGGUCGAUUAAAACCACUUGUGCGCGUGUUGUUUCCAGACUCUUCACCUUAAGAUUCUCUUGACAACAUCCUAUUUGUUUUUACCUUAAAAAUACAUUUUCAGAUUUUGUUACACUGCCUCCAAAGUCUCCCCCCACCUCACUGUUGAUGUUUUAAAACUGCAAACUGUGCUAAGUUUCAGAACAUCAGCAACCUCCUGGGAAAUAUUAGAGUGUAUCUUUAUUUUUGCUGCUGUAUUUUUGUAAUGAAUCAUUUUUCACUUUUAUCACGUUCAACAACUCAGGCUAUAACUGAGGGGAAAUACUUGAAUAUUUUUUAUUGUAAAUCUGCUGGAUUCAAUGUUUAUAAAUAGAUCACUUUUAGGUCUUUUUCUGUCUUUGUUCUCUUUAUCUGUUGAAUUUAUUCCUGUUGUUCUUAUUCUGAUUAUUCAAAGGUUUUGAUUCAGAUUUUUUAAUUUAUAACAGCUGAAGUGUUGUGACAUGGCAUAAUUUAUUUAAAAAAUAUAUGUAAUUACUUACAGACGCAGCGGUCUCUUUUCUUUAGACACGUUUUAUUUUUAAGUUCAUUUAGGGGUUUUUCUUUUCGUCAUUGACAAAAGAUGUUUAGUAAACAUCAUGAUAAAGUUGUCAGUCAUGAAAAAAUAAUAACUGACAAUGUUAUCAUUAAUUUAUGAUUCAAGUAUCAAACUGUGCAGGACCGGCUCUUUUUCUGUUUUGCUCUGUUGUUAUUUUUGAAAUGUUGCAGAUAAUAAAUGUUUUUUUAAUUAAAAAGAAUAUUUGCGUAAAUAAUAA